UUUUUAUCUCCAUCUUAGAGAGGAUUGACGCAUUAGAACAUGACUGGGACCGUGACAGUCUGAACCGGUGGUACGGUCAUUUCAAGAUGGGUCAUGUUUAAUUUUAUUUCCAGACAGGUAACGAGGAUAAUAGAGAAACUUGAUGCUUGUGCAUGGAUUGCGACAUCAUAGUCAAAAUGAUUCGUUCGAAAGACAGAGGUGAUGUGUUCAGAGCUGUCAGUAGAAUUUACGUGCAGGCUGUUCAUCUUUAUACUAAAGAAAUUAUUUUCAUUAUUUAUACACGGGCUAUUCAGUGAUAUAGCUGCAUUUAAAGAACCUCGAGCUUGUACGCGAGAGGGUGGGAGAAAUGCAUGUCAACCCCUGAAAUCCGGCUACCUCCAACGUCUCAUACAGCAGCUAAAAUAUAAGCAGCGCAGCUAAUGAAAAGAUCGUUCUCUCAGGACCAUGUCUAUAUUUGCGUCUUACUUUUAAGGAACACACAUUUCAUUAAUAUGCCAGCCACCUGACCCCCUCGACCACGGACGCACGGACAGGUUGAGCACAGGCAAAGAUGGAGGGCGAGAGGAGUGCCACCGUUACCACGACUACGGGCAGCCCCGGCAGCAGCCCGGCCAGCACCUCGGCCCCUGUCCGCAAUACCGCACCCCCCACCUCCCUGUUCAGCAUCCCUGCCGAUCGGCAGGCGGUUCAGGUGAUCCAGCAGGCCGUGCAGCGGCCCCAGAGCAUGGCGGCGCAGUACCUGCAGCAGAUGUAUGCGGCGCAGCAACAGCACCUCAUGCUCCAGACUGCCGCCCUGCAGCAGCAGCAGCAGCAGCAGCAGCACCUGGCUGGCAGCCAACUGCAGAGCCUGGCCAAUGUGCAGCAGGCUUCACUUGCAGGAAGCAGGCAGUCCCCUUCUUCCUCGCCCGCCCCCAGCGAGAGCGUGCCCCCGUCGCCUGGUGCCGCGCAGACCUCGAUCACACUUCCUGCCGCCCCAGUGACGCAGCAGCUGAUUGGCCGAACGCAGAGCGGCAGCUCCUCUACCAGCGCCGGCACGGUAUCCCAGCAGGCCAUGCUGCUGGGCAAUGGCUCGCCUGCUUGUAGCCAGGCUCAAGUGUAUCUACGGACGCAAAUGCUGAUCCUCACGCCUGCCGCCACCAUGACGACGGUGCAGCCGGAGCUCCCAGUGGUGUCCUCUGCCUCCACUCAGGUCCAGAGUUUGGCCCUCCGGACCCAACCCCCUGGCAGCAUGCCUGCAGCCCACACUGACCCACUGAAGACCACCACACAAGGACAGAUGGUGGCGUCCCCCCUUCCUAAGAGCCCUACGGGAACCCCGGGGAACAUUCAGCUGCCGGAAGCCACUGCAGACGGUCCCGGAACUGAAACCCGCGGCAACGACGUCUCCCGGUUACCGCCUGCCCAUCAGCUCGUAGUACCUAGUCCGUACUCAGCAGUUCAGUCUCAGUCGUUGGUGAAGCACCAGUUGCACUGCUCACCUGGCCACAAGGGGGCGCACCACCAGCUUAUUAUCCAGCAGCCCACCGCCUCCCACCGGCACGUCCAGCACAUCGCCCUGCGGGUCACCGCGCAGGAGACUCCCCCUUGUCAACAUGGCCUGUCCGUCCCGACCCUGGACACGCCCACCCCAGGGACGAUCCAGUCGCAGCAUAACACAGUCUCCCUCCCUCCACCCUCUAACUCUGAGCCUGUGCUUCCGGAAACGGUGGUCGUGUCCACGGCGGCACCCCAGUCACCCACCUGCCAGUCGCCUACCCUCAUCAUCCAACCCCAGCCUCCAGUCCUGUUGUCCACUCCCUCACAUCUUGAUCCGGAGCCCCUCCCUCAGUCUGCACCGAUGUCCAGCCCGGUGCCCUUGACCCAGGUGUCCCCGCCCCCUGUGCCACCCCCCGCCUCAUUGCAGCGCCUCUCCCUGCAGUCGGUGCAGGCCCUGGCCGCACAGUCGGGCCAAAUGCUGCUCUCCGAGGAGGAGCUCCCGGUGGCCGAGGCGCUGGUCCAGAUGCCGUUCCAGAAUCUCCCGCCGCCACAGACCAUCGCCGUCGACCUGAAGGUGCAGCCGAUCGUUCCAGCAGAGGCCCCGCUGCCAGCCCAGCAGCUCUGCAAGGUGGAGGGGGUUUGCGCGGCAGACGCGCGGGAGGACCGGCUCGGCAGUCCACAGCGGAACAGGACCCCGACGCCGCCAACUCUGUCGCCAUCUGCUGACCUGCAGAGGCACUGCAAUGAUGUCUCGCCCCAUUCGGAUCACUGCACAGCUGUUUCUGGCUUCUCCUGCGUACCGUCAACCGGCAACGCCUCUGUGAUACGAUCCUCCGGGGACCCCCCUUAUAUCAACCGUUCCCCCCCUCCCCUCCUCCCGGCCGUGGUAAGAAGCGUCAGCAAGCACCCCCCAGCCAGCCUACCAGGGGGUCCUGAGAGCCAGCCCCCACAGGCGAUCGUUAAACCCCACAUCCUCACACACCUCAUUGAGGGCUUCGUCAUCCAAGAGGGGCUGGAGCCGUUCCCGCCGCUGCGUUGGAGUUCUGGAUGCUGCAGGAUACACGCUGAUCAUUCGCUGCAGGUCAGCCGCUCCUUGCAGGGUGUGGACCGGCAGACCACGCUGCCUGAAGCCCAGGAGACGAAGGCUAACGGCGCCCAGACCGGCGACAUCAUGAUGGACACGGAGCAGCCGGAGAACUCCAGCGACUCGGACGGUGACGAGGUCAUCAGCGUGGCCGCCGCGGGCGAUGCCGUGGACGGUGUGGCGGAGGAGCAGCCGGAGGUUCUGCAGUGCGAGUUCUGUGGCAAGACGGGCUACGCUCACAUGUUCCUCAGGUCCAAGAGGUUCUGCUCCAUGACCUGCGUCCGAAGAUUCAACGUCAGCUGCACCAAACGCAUCGGACUCCUGAAGGCAGACAAAGCUGCACGCUGGUCCCGGAGGACGGACGGGAGGCGGGGGCGCCCCCCCCGCCGAAUCGACGGAGGCUCCCGGGACCACUUCCUGCGGCAGGUGGCAGCUCCGUACAGCAGCGGAGGCGAACACCAGCCAUCACAUGAGGAGGAUGACGAGGAGGAGGAGGAGGAGCCUCCUGUUCCCAUGACGACAAGGCUUCGGCGACAGACAGAGCGGGAGCGUGUCCGGGAGAGGAACCUGAGGGCGAGCGAGGCCUUGGACGGCUCGGACGGGAUGCCAGUCCCGGCCUCUAACCCCACCGUGUGGAGUGUGGAGGAGGUCUGGAGCUUCAUCUACAAUUUGCCAGGGUGCCAGGACAUUGCCGAGGAGUUCCGCUCGCAGGAGAUCGAUGGGCAGGCCCUGCUACUCCUCACUGAGGAGCACCUCAUGGGUGCCAUGAACAUAAAGCUGGGGCCGGCGCUCAAGAUCUGCGCCUGCAUCAAUUCCCUGAAGGAGCCCUAGCAACAGGCCAGCCCACUUUGUACUGCCCCCUGCUGGAGGCUGCGCUCGCAUGGAUGACUGUUGACCUGGUCCCAGUUGGCUGGUCUGCUGCUCCGCCUCAGAGAACAAGGUUUGUUCUUCUGUCAGACUUUCCCAGUCAUUUACCUACUGCGCUGCAUAAGGCAAUUACCCACAAUGCAGUGCAAUAAAGUAUUCGCAAGAGCUAGUCCUUCAUUAGUAGCAUUUAACGCAGAUCCAUUUAAAUUGUAAAAGUAUGUAUAUUAUAGGCUCUGUCUAAUAUGACAGUCAUUUAAAAACGGUUUUACAUCAUAACGUAUUCCGUGUAACCAUAUUUCACAUCUUUUCGAACCAAAAGGCAUUCAUCGUAUUAGCUUAGGACAUUAUUUUAAGACUGUCCACUCACUACUUACCUUUUCCACACGUCAGUCUGAGGCUCGAGGUCUGUCUUAUAACGAACACGACAUCGGUCAUUUUGUGCACUUACUUCAGAGGUCAUCCAAGUCUUCAAAUGUGACUCUGAGGUAAAAUGAGGCCGGGAACUAAAGGUGUGAAAGCAGUUGGGUUAAUCGAUUUGUCAGGGACAUUGUAAUGAUGUUAUUCGUAGCUACCCUUGUAAAUAUUAGAUGUUUCAUAUGUAGCAUGUUUCCUUGGCAACAGAUACCUUUUCCUGUUUGAGAUAAAUGAAUACAUGAUCAUGUAGACAGGCGUAAAGGACGACAACAUUUGAUCGCAUCUUCUGAACCCACCAUCCGAAGGAACCUCAUGUAGUGUCAUGGCAGAAGACAUCGUAAAGACGAACGCAGUUUCCCUUCCGGAAAAUAUUUUUCUAUUUUCAGAAAUGUAUGUAAGAACCAGGGCAGUGCUGGACAUUUCAGAGGUUAGCGAGUGAUUUAUAGCGUAUCACACUUUUUACGGUUUAAUUACGUAGGUAAAUUUAAAAGCACUUAUGAAAAACUCAUUUACGUUUCAACACGAAGCCCUUCCAGCUGCUGCUUGAGUCCUGCGAUCCUGGAUGACAGUUGCCUCCUCCCGAAUCGUGUUUAACGAGUGCUCAGUGUGGCGUAGGGUCGCCCGUGCACGUUCUGUAAACAAACAAACAAAAAUUAUAAACCGAGACAGUGGCUCAAACUGUGAUCUCAGAUAUCCAAUGCCUGUUUUUUUUUUAAAUAUAGCUCCAUGUAGUAUGAAUUAUCCGCUUCGUCACUUUUGUUCCAACAAAAAUGCACAUCUAACGUUGUAGGUUUUUAUCGUCUCAUUUUGUGUAAUUUCCGUCAAAGGGAGAGAUGUUGAAUUUUUAUAUCAAAUAUUGUCUUUAGCCUUCAAUUAUUAACACUGUAAGCUUUAUAAUUAUACAUUUGGUAGAAGGAUGGGGUUAUCUGAUAUGGCUAAAAUAAAAUAAAACUAUAUUAAAAUAUUUAAUAUUAAUUUAAUCUUAAUGUUUAACAUUAAUUCUACAUUUGCAGUUUAUGAAACACUUUUUAAAAACGUGUCACUGAAAGCUAAUACUAUAUUUUAUAGGAUACAUUCGGUAAAUGAUCUCAUUUAAAUUCAAAUCAUAGACAUGAAGGAGUCACGAAUCGACCGCUCAGAUUAAUUUAUAAGUGCCAAA